UGCCGUUCUUGAUUCUACAUGAUAUUUGAUAUAGGGGCGCUAUAAAAAAUGUAAACAAUGCAGGCCUUCACCUGUUUACCUCGCAUGCAUCUUUAGUUUAUGCCCUUUAGCUUUGAUAAAGUACUAUAAACACAGUUUUUUGAAAGUUUGGUCAUCCUGGAAGAACCAAAGAAAGAUGGCUGAAAAGUUGAUGCGGACAUUAGGAAGUGGAGAUACAUCCACAUCUGUGUCAAAAAAUGCUUCGACAGAAUGCAUCAACGACAAAGAGUACUUCAUUAACAGAUUUGAAAACUUGUACAACAAUCAGAUGUUCAGUGAUCUUAUUCUAAAAGUUGGAGACAUAUCUUACUACGCCCACAAAAUUAUGUUAGUGACAGCUAGUGAAGUUUUUGAGGCCAUGUUAAGUGAAGACAGAUGGAAGGAAGCCACUGAACCUGUAGUUUCUCUAACAGAAGAAGAGUGUUGUGUUCCUGUUUUUGAUAUGUUCCUUAAGUAUUUAUACUGUGGAUCAGUUGAAGUAAAUACAGAAACAGUACUUCCUGUGUUAUUACUGGCAGACAAAUAUGGCAUUAAAAGACUAUGUGAUUCAUGCGUUGACUACAUGAUGCAGCAUAUUGUUGAGUCACCUGAUUCUAAUAGGACACUCUCCUGGUACCAGUAUGCUAAGAUGACUGGUAACCAGGUCUUGCAGGAUAGGUGUCAAGCAUUUAUUUUGUCUAAUUUCUCUAUUGUUCAAAAAGCAUCUGACUGGAUGGCAGUAUCAGUAAAUGAAUUAACAGAGUUUCUAUCCAGUUCAGAAAUUGUUGUGACCUCAGAAUAUGAACUUUGGCAGGAAGUUGAAAGAUGGCUAUUAUGCAAACAUAACAGAGAUCAUUUGGUAGAGAAUUUAAAAGGAGUUAUGCCUCUGAUAAGAUUUUCUCUAAUGACACCAUGCCAGCUUUCACUCGUGGAAGAAUCUCCUCUGUAUCAUGAAUACAAAGACAUAUUUGGGGAUAAAAUUUGGUCUGCUUAUAGAAGGCACUCUCUAAUGUAUGAGGACAUUAUUGCUUCCCGUGAACCGUACAGGAACUACAACUGCAAGAACCAAUAUGCUGUUUAUUGUGAUCUGACCUUAAAGAAAUACACAUCUAAACAGAAAGUGGAUAGUAAAAUAACAAUUGAAAAUUUGAAGAUUCCUGCUAAUUUCAUGCCUGUACCUUUACAGUCACAAUCCAAACAGUUCACUUUUUUGGUUGACUUUUUUCCGAUGGGAUUUUUUAUUCCACAUGUUCUCUAUGCCCAGUACAUAGGUAGACAUAAUGAUGACACUACCCUGAAAAUAAGACGUUGUAAUCCUUCAACCCCAACACAACAGAGUACACCCUUGCCAGACAUGAGAGCUGAAAUUACAUUGAUUAUUUAUGGAAUGAAAGGGACCAUCAGAUAUGCUGCACACACAUUCAGGGCUAAGCAUACAUUUUCAGCAGAUAAUCAAGCCAGCAAGUUUGAAGUGCCCAGUGUUAUUCAUAUAUCAAAACUGAAGGAAGCUAAAUCAAAUUAUCUAGUCAAUGGAGACUUUGAAGCAAGACUUUUCUUGAAAAUACAGGAAAUAAUAGAUAAAAAGACUUGAGAGAAUACUUUCUAUUUAUGUUUGAUUUUAAAAGACUUUAGAGAAUACUUGAUUUCUAUCUAAUAUAGUAUGUUAUGAUGUUGUUGUUGUUCAAGAUUUAGAUCUCUUUAUGUAAUGUCUACCAAUAGUUUAUAUAUCAAUAAUUUAUAUGCAUACAUGUUUACACCUUUUAGUAUAUAAAUUUACAAAAUCUA